AAAGGAUUUGCUUUCCCCUCUCAUAGAGCCGCUAUUCUUUGAUGAUUGGGCAGCGGCAAACUUCAAAGUAAUAAAUCUUAUUUCUGACUGGCUGGCGGCCCACCAAAGUCCUUAUCAAAUUCUAAGAAGUGAUCCCUCACUCUCCAGAUAGUCCAAGGAUAUCUCGAGGAGAGGAAGUAUUGAGAGUGAAGACUUUACCACGUCAAGACAUUUUUCUACGGUAUUACAUUUAUCUCAAUUAGUUUUAUUAUUGUGAUCUGUUUUUAACACGAAGAAAGAGGACGUUUACCAUGGCAGCAGUGGCUCUACUGCGGAAUGAAACACUCCAGGCUUUUCUUCAGGUUUGUUCAAAACUUUUGGCUUUCGUGGUUUUAUUUGUCCUUCUCAAAAUAUGACUGUAUGUAUACGGUAGUUAAAAAAAUUGUUUAGACCGCGUGUAUUGUGAGUUAUUACGCGUGUGCGCAUAAUGCGCAUUUUAACCUGGUUCAUCUAUAAAAACAUGCUGUAUAAUAACUGAAAUAUGGCUGUUUGAUUUACUGAAUAAUAACGGCUUGAAUGAUUAUGUUACAACUCUUUUUGUAGUGUAGUCAUCUUUGCUGGAGUGAGAGUGUAUUAAAACUAAUAUUAGGCAAAUCAAUGUCGUUUUAAUUGCCGGAGUGUCCAUUUUCCCACCCAAUACAGUUACAACUCUUGUUUAGAGCAAAGUCAACACAUAAUUAAUCAUUAUUUGUUUUACUUAUAUGCAGGACCGCACUCCUAACUCUUCUCCAGAAAACUGUAAACACUCUCCACUGGCGCUCUUAGCUGCCACUUGCAACCGGAUCGGACACCACCACGGAUCAAGUCCGGCAGAUUUCCUCCAGGUUCCUUAUGACACUACUUUAGGCUCGCCGUCGCGAAUUUUUCAUCCUUGGAGUAACGAGGGGAAUCCUCAAAGCACUCUCUCUAGCAAUUCUACUUUUGGACUAUCAUCUAAAGCCCAGCUCCACAUCCAAAGCUCAUUUACUUCCCACCACGAGCUCCCUCUCACCCCUCCAGCGGAUCCCUCAUAUCCCUAUGACUUUUCUCCAGUGAAUAUGUUACCGUGCUCCAUGCAGUCGUUACAGUCCUCCUGCCCACCCACCUACGUCCCUGCUGUAUCUUAUGCAGCGCCAACUGCCAUGCCAGGUUUCGUUACGGGACACUCUGGCCUUGUGCACCAGCAACAGAGGCAGUUGUCCCCUAGCCCAGGGGAGGAUAUUCCGUGGUGGAGUCUCCAACAGGGAAAUCACGUCAGUCAUCACCACUCAAUCACCACUCAAUCCCUUGGCCACCACCGUUUCCAACUGCAGAGGGGCUUGGUGAUGGGGCAUACAGACUUUGCGCAGUAUCAGACUCAAAUCGCUGCCCUCCUUCACACCAAGUCCCCCCUCGCAACAGCCCGAAGAUGUCGGAGAUGUAGGUGUCCAAACUGUCAGUCCUCCACCUCAAACGAUGAGCCCGGCAAGAAAAAGCAACACAUCUGUCACAUACCAGGGUGCGGGAAGGUUUAUGGCAAAACUUCCCAUCUCAAAGCGCACCUGAGGUGGCACUCGGGAGAGCGUCCAUUUGUAUGUAACUGGCUUUUCUGUGGCAAGAGUUUCACCAGGUCUGAUGAGCUGCAGAGACACCUGAGGACUCAUACUGGAGAGAAGCGCUUUGUUUGUCCUGACUGUUGCAAGAGGUUCAUGAGGAGUGACCAUUUGGCUAAACAUGUCAAAACUCACCAGAACAAAAAAACCAAGUGUCAUGAGAAGACAUUUGAUCAUCAAGUGAAAAGGGAAGAUAUCAGGAACAUGUAGUAGCCUACAUUAGAGUCAAUUUGAUAUCAUCAUCAAGAUAGUGCAAUAUAAGUCCUUUACUUAGUUGAAGUACAAAGUGACAUAUUAUUUUUGAUUACUUAGUUUUUUCUUACAUACUGAAAAACUAUUUCUCUAUCAUUUCAGUUUAGGAUUUUUUGUUGUUGUAUAUAUGACACCUGUCUCAAAGUUAUCUUGGGAUCCUGGAAAACAUACUUUAAUACCCCAUGGGCUAGUGUUCAUUGUCUAUAUACCAUAUCAAGAAAGACAAGUUUCAGCUUGUGUUUGGAUCAUUGUCUUCGGUGGAAGAUUUAACUUUCUUGUAAAUAAUAUUUAAUAGCUUUUGUUGAAUGAAAGUGUUCGUUUUCACUCCAUGUGGGUGUUUUAGCAUGCUCUUGAAAAUAUAUGCUAUUGUUGAUAUGACCCAAAUACUGUGUGAGAAUAAAAAAUAUA